GAACCCAUUUUCAAAUUUGGUGUUUUUCAUUCAAAGAUCGAGACUUUGUGUCUUCUUCGAAGAUGUGCAUUUCAAAAGAAGACGAAGAUCCAUCAAGAAAUCGAAGGAAUCAAUCACCAUUAUCGCUUCCUCAAACUCUGAAACAUUUCCAAAAAGAUUUGCUUGCUGGUGCUGUAAUGGGAGGUGUUGUUCACACGAUCGUGGCACCAAUCGAAAGAGCUAAGCUUUUAUUGCAAACACAAGAGAGCAAUAUCGCAAUCGUUGGAGACGAAGGUCACGCAGGGAAGAGAAGGUUUAAAGGAAUGUUUGAUUUUAUCUUCCGUACUGUUAGAGAAGAAGGUGUUUUAUCUUUAUGGAGAGGCAAUGGAAGCAGUGUGCUUCGUUAUUAUCCAUCAGUUGCUCUCAAUUUCUCUCUUAAGGAUCUAUAUAGAAGCAUUCUUAGAAACAGUAGCUCUCAAGAGAAUCAUAUCUUCUCUGGUGCAUUAGCUAAUUUCAUGGCUGGUUCUGCAGCUGGUUGUACUGCUUUGAUUGUUGUUUAUCCGCUAGAUAUCGCACACACUCGAUUAGCUGCUGACAUUGGGAAGCCUGAAGCUCGUCAGUUUAGAGGAAUCCAUCAUUUCUUGUCGACGAUUCAUAAGAAAGAUGGGGUUAGAGGAAUCUAUAGAGGCUUACCUGCGUCUCUACAUGGCGUGAUUAUUCACCGUGGCUUGUACUUUGGAGGGUUUGAUACGGUUAAGGAGAUUUUCUCAGAGGAUACUAAACCAGAGUUGGCAUUGUGGAAGAGAUGGGUUUUGGCUCAAGCUGUGACUACAUCUGCUGGAUUGGCUUCUUACCCGUUGGAUACAGUUCGUAGACGGAUAAUGAUGCAAUCCGGAAUGGAGCAUCCGAUGUACCGUAGCACAUUGGAUUGCUGGAAGAAGAUAUAUAGGAGUGAAGGGCUGGCUUCUUUUUACCGUGGAGCACUCUCUAAUAUGUUUAGGAGCACGGGUUCGGCUGCUAUCUUGGUUUUUUAUGAUGAAGUGAAGAGGUUCUUGAAUUGGGGAGGGAUCUAAGAUUAACAAACUGAGAGACUUUGUGUGUAUGAGGAAAGAAAAAGAAGGAAACUAUUUUGUAAAUAAAAGACAUGGAUUGGUCUAAGCUCAAGUAUUGCAUUCGUUUUUGAUAAUUUUUGUCAUCAAUCUGAGUUUUCAUUAUGUAUUAAGAUAACAAAGGUUCGAACUUUGAUUUACUCUUGUUCUGUGGAUACAAGAAAUUGAGUCAGUCCAA